AUGGACCCCGUCAUCAUAACGCCGGAUGACGUAGCUGAGGCGGUCCGUAGAGCCCCGAACUGGAAAUAUCCGGGACUCGACGGGCUGCAUCACUACUGGCUGAAGGGGUUCACGUUGUGUCACGCUGUGCUCGCCCGUCAGUUUCAAGAGGCUCUCAACCAGAAGUCGCUACCUAGCCUCUUCAAUACUGGGAUCACUCAUUUGGUUCCUAAAGACCAGCUACGACGUGAGGCUGUUCCCUCAUCAAAUGAAAAUGCUACGACUGAGGAUGCGGUGCCACAAGUUGCAGAACAACCCGCACACGUGGAUGCCGCCGUGAAUAUCCCAGUGGUUGUUGAUUCAAAUUAUGAUGGAACAUUCACCCAGGAACUAGAAAUAGAGCAAAUGAGGAGUACAUUGGAAGAGGCGAUUGUGGAAACGCGCAGUACGCCUCUCGAAAAUCGACCGCGACUUCCCCGCAUAGCCCUGAGUAAGCGGAAUCGGGCUGUCGUGAGGGCUCUGAACGCAAUGCUGGUGACCUAUUUGGAAGCCAGCCGGUACCUUUGCGAGACGGACUCAAUUCUUUUUGGCGUCGCGCUGGCACUCUGCCUCACUAUAGGCGCCAAGGUUACCACGGCUGGACGCGCUACUGGCCAAAGUAGCGCUAUUCCAGCAUGA